CGUACUCAAGAUGGCGGGUGCUGCCAGGGGAGAACCGUGCUCAAUCGUCGAAUAUUUGGGUGGAAAUGAGGGUCACAGAUGUGGCUACUGUGGAAAAUCGAACACCAACUUGUCGCUAGGUUUUUGGGCCCAUUCUCUUACCGUCCAAGAUUACCAAGACCUCAUUGACAGGGGAUGGAGAAGGAGUGGUAAAUACUGCUACAAGCCAACCAUGAACAAGACAUGUUGUCCUCAAUACACAAUCAGACAAGACCCAUUGAACUUCAAGAUCAGUAGCAGUCAGAAAAAAGCCCUCAAAAUGGUGAAUAGGUAUAUCAAUGAUGAUAAGAAACAUGGUGAAGGAGUGGCAACGUCAUCAACAGGAGGGUCAGAACAAGCAUCAAACUCAAAACCUCGGUCGCAAUCACAAGAUAAGGAGAAAGUGGCAAAGCCCAAUGCUGGCCCAGAUCCCACUAAACCUCCGUGCAAGAAAGCAAAAGUACUUCGAAUGGAAAAGAAAGCGCAGAAGCUUGCACAAAAAGGAGUGGAAAUUUCUGAAGCCAAGGUGAAAGUGACAAAGCCAGAUAAUCGGCCAAAAAGUAUCGAAGAUUUCCUCCAAGAAGUAAGAGAUGACCCAAGUCACAAGUUAGAGGUACGAUUAGUAAGGUCCAGUCCACGGAGUGACGAGUUCAAUCGAACAUUUACCAGAUCUUAUGCCAUUUACAGAAAAUAUCAAAUGAUAAUACACAAAGAUCCACCUCAUAAACCCUCGGAGAGGCAGUUUGAACGAUUUCUCGUCGAUUCACCUUUAUUACAGUCACUCGACAAGCCUGGUGGCCCCUCGCAUGGCUAUGGUUCCUUUCACCAACAGUACUGGCUGGAUGGGACUCUCAUCAUGGUCGGAGUAAUAGACAUUCUUGCUAACUCUGUCUCAUCUGUUUACCUUUACUACAAUCCUGAUUUUGGAUUCUUAUCUCCCGGAACGUAUUCAGCUCUAAGAGAGAUUGAAUUCACCAGAUCACUUCACAAGAUAGAUCCACAGAUCACACACUACUAUAUGGGUUUCUACAUCCAUUCCUGUCCGAAGAUGCGCUACAAGGGCCAGUAUGAGCCAUCGUUUCUCCUCUGUCCCGAGGUCUACUCCUGGCACCCCAUACCUGAAUGUCGACCCAAACUAGACGCCAGCACUUAUAGCAGAUUCGCUGAGCAAGGAAAAGUUGACGAGAAUGCCAUCACCGAUGAUCUAAGCGAAGUGUCAAUCCUGUUUGAGAGACAACAAAUGACGUACGACAUCUAUUUGGCUGUCUCUAUCAACCCGGAUACCGACCAAGUGAAGGAGUACGCAAAACUUGUUGGGAAGAAAUGUGCAGAGAGGAUGCUUCUGUAUAGAAAAUAAUUUGGAUGAGUGCAAUGUUGAUAUCAUUAUCCAAGACACUUCUACUUGUACUUAGGAUUCGAGAUCCAUCAUUGGUAGAUUUUUUGGGGAGGUCAAUCGGGCAAGCUGCUGAGUAGAGCUGGCUGUCCUUCACAAAUCAGUAGACCUCCUAUGUAUUUUUCAAGAAAAAGGUGAAAUACUUUAUACUUGAAGCAAGUAGUGCACAACAUUUCAUCUGAAAAGAUGCCAGGUAUGUUUUCACCAAGUAAUUGUUAUUUGUCGAAGAGUGUGGUGACACACAUUGGCUAUUCUUGCCAAGGAAACUCAUUUGACUAGCGAUAAAAAAUUGUAGCAUAUGUUCAAACAUCUAUGUAUCAUUAGAAAGAGAUCUUGUAAAUGUAUACUGGUAUGUAUGUAUCUUAGUUUAUUUAUUUAAAGGAAUCUGUGAUAAGUAAAGUUGUAAAUAAACUCAUUUUAUAUGCUUAAAUUA